AUGUUCGAAUUUCCGACCGUGAGCUCCGGCGUAACCUCAUCAAGCUGUCUGCCUUUUCCGUUCAGAACGGACAGCGGCUUCGUUUAUGGCGGGUGUCUUCGUCCUUUUUUGGUCGAUGUUCGGCAGUCUGCCCCGCGCUACUGUGAACGCGAAACAGGAUCUGAUUGCCGUCUUUUCUCAAUCUGCCUCAGUUCCCUCACAGACCGCGCGGCCUUUGGUAAACAGGGUGACGACCUACCCGAUAUAACGUUCGAUAACGGCUAUAACAUUAGAGACAUGUACCUAAGUUCAACGAGAGACCUCACCCCGGUCCUCAGUCCUCCUUCUUUCUCAUUAGCGCUUCGGACCAGCAACGGUGAGGUGUUUACUUCGCACACAUGUGCCUUAGGAAGAUAUGGACGUUAG